UUUUCAAGCUCUUCAGCAGACACAGACAAUACAAGGCCCGUUUCAUCGUCAGGUUCAUCACCGUCUACAAGACUGUCAGUGUGGCCAAGUGUCUUCACAGUCCCUCGUUUCAGCUAUGAGGCUGAACUGCAACUUGAAAAGGCCAAUGCUGAGUUCAUUGCUGGUGGAACUCAUUUGAGCCCCUCACCAAAACUGAAAUCCCACCUUUUAGAAAGGCUGGCUGAAGAAAUAAUAAAAUUUAAAGUCUAUCCAACUGACAAUGACCUGAAUGAAGUUGCAGAAGCCCUUGUCAAACAGCAUCCUUGUCUGAGGGAGCAGGGAUCCUUCAAUGGCUGUUAUGGUUGGAAAAUUAGCCUCAAGUAUAAAAUGGCCAAUGUCCGGACCAAACUGAGAGGCCUAGGCUGUGCUGAGGUGUUGGUAAAUUCACUAAAGAACAAGGCCCAAGACAAAAGUCAGGCAGCAUUGAAUAUGAAAAAGCCUAGAAGAGCAGAAGUCAAUUACUGUCCGCAGUAUCCAAAAGGAGAAACUACUGACAGCCUGGAAAAAGAGAGAAUUGCACUGCUUUCAGAGGUUCAGAAGAGAAACAAUGACAAUAUAGUGACAAUGAAAAUGCAGAAGACUUUUUCGUAUAGAAGGCAAGAAGUUAUUCAAGGACAGCCCUUCAUUGCAGAUUUUAAAAGCAGAUGGCCAGCUCUGUUCACCGAGAAAGAGAUUGACAAGGAAUUCCUGCGCAUAUCGACAGUACCGCUGCUAUCUAGAUUCUUUUAUGAGCUAGACUUGUACACUCCACGCAUGAUGGAGCUCUUUCGAGGCAAAGGUGGGGUGGCUGGCAGAAAAAUGAGACACAUCAUGGUGGCCAUUUCCAAGGAUGACACAAUACAUACAAGGCGAGCAUGCAUCCUGAAGUCCUUGUGUGUCUACCUGAAUGAAGACCAUGAGAAACUUGUGAAGGAAUAUACGAACACUGAGGCCAACACUGAAGCCAUGGAACAAACUGUGAUGGGAGUGUAUGUCAUACAUCAGGAGGGUGCGGAGCCUGGAGAUGACCCAGAGAACAUCGGUGUCCUGAUUGAAGGCGUUGAGGUUCUCACUGGUUUGAGGAGCAUUGCAAUUGCUUGUGCUCUGUUAUUUGGACUGAUAUACUGUCUGAACCUAAGCUACCCACCGGAGCUCAAAUGCACUUUUGAAGUCUUGCAAAAGAUUAUCAUGAAGCUGGAUGGGCAGAGGUUGUCAUCUAAGGCACAGUUCCUAAAAAACAAGCUAAUGGGGUGAAUGAGCUUGAAACAGACUCAGGCAAGCCAGAUAUUUUUUUCAAGGUUUCUGCAAUGCAAAUAUGUGUUUACCGUUUUAAAGUUUAAAAUUGUAAGUUAUAAAAUGUUCAUAUAAACUAUGUGGUUUGCUCUGUGGCUAUUAGACAAAGAUUGUUCGUUCAUAACUUAAAGUCUUAUACACUUGAAGUGUAAACACUGAUUUUUGCCAGAUGGGCAAUUGUUACAAAGGCAAAUGCACACUGGUUUUCGCAAAUUGUUUGAGUGGAGCAGUUAUACUCAAAAUUGAAUGUUUUCUCCACACGUUAAAUAGCAUAAAGUCACUAUUAAUGGAUACAGCCUGAUUAAAUGGAGUACUAAUGUAUGCAAGCAACAUAGUAAUGUUGUAAUGUUAUAGUAAUGUUGAAUGUUAUGUCUGAGCUUUAAAUUGUGUUAAAAUUCAUAUUGUUGUUUGCAAUGCAUCUUUUACGAAAAGUUGCUUUGGGGAUAAUAUUUUUGUCUGCAAACUAUUCAACAGACUUAUUUCAUUUUUAUUAUUAGGGUUAGGGUUAUUUUAUUGUAUUUUUUUGUUUCAGUCAGCAUGUCUUGAUCUGGAAGUUCUGUGGUCUUAGUAUGAGAUGGUUAAAGGGGAGAAAGCUAGGCUGAACUGGGAUCCUGCCAACUGUUUUAAGAAUGUUCAAGCAAAAUAAAAGAGAUGGUUUUGCAAGUUAUCAUUUAUGUAUUAUGUUUCAUUAAUUUAAUUAAAAGUAAUGUUUACAUAAGCAAUACAAACACUAACUGAAACAUGAUUGGUGUAAGUACUACAGACAUAAAUUACAUUUGUUCAUUCAACAAGAUUAACAUUGGUGUAACAAACAAAUAUUUUACUAGUUCAUGUAACAAGACUGACUUUUGAUGUGCCAAAGUGUUAAAACAAUAUAACAUGAAUUUAAAUUAAUUUAAUUAGACUAACUUGGUACAAACAUGUUAACUGAAUAAAAAUCAAAUUAACUGAAUGUUAAUGUUUAAAUUAUGUUACACUUACAAAGAUAUUUAUUGUUGAAACAACACAAUCAAUAUGGAUUAAUAUAACAUGAUUUGUUUAGAUGGAAUAUAGGUGGCAAGAUAAAAUUAAGUUCAUCCAAUGAAUUAUUUUU